AUGUUCCACCGACAGACAACACCACCCACCACUACCCUCAGCUUCAUGCCGGGCAGUGUUGGGUCCGUAUCUGAUAGCACCUUCUACUCACAAAACGCCUCGCCUGCGGGAUCCGUCAUAACCGCGAACACCACUCCGCCACGAUCACCUGUGAGGCAACAUGGUCCGCUCCUCCUCCCCAAGGUCCGGACACAGGAUCAGAUCGCCGAGCCCACUGGUGGUCCCGUCAGACAUCGCCGGACGACGUCUACCUCCAGCAGCCUGUACGGUUCAGCAUACAGCCCUUACUCUCGUCCUGGUUCAAUGAUUCGUCGUGGUUCCAGCCCUUUCAAUCACUAUGCCACAAGCACUGUUGGUUCUCCGGUCUCAACGGCUUCCUACGAUCUAAGUCUUGCUACUUCCACUCUUAAUUCUCCUAUCGCGUUCCCUCAGGAAUCGCGCCGGGCUUCUUAUGCUGCUCAUGGUCGGUCAAGAUCUGCCACUGCAGUGCCCCGUCAUGUGCGCUCUGGUUCCGCAGGAAGCAUUGACGAGACCGUCAUCACUCGUUUUGGCUUCCCUACCUACCGCAACCUUCCCUCCUACGUGACGUCUUCGAGCGCGGCCCAGCCGAGUGUGAUCACUGCGAUGCCAACCGCCACCUAUAGUGAGCCUCAAGAGGUUACUUACACCAACAUGACCACCCAGGACUACACCUUUACAGACUUCGAUCCCGCUCCAGCGGUUCAAUACCCAUUCAAUACCGAAGUCAACUUCGACAGCUUUCCCACUCUUCCCACUUCGUCUCUCGUCGAGUACCUCACAGCGCCCAACCCUUCGCCGGCUCUAGUAAGCCGCGUUACCAGUGUGCCCCGUGGCACAAACACACACUUCUGGUGGGACAUCCGCAACCUCCGCUCCUGGACGGACUUUACCAUCUCCACCGUUACCUCGUUGCCAUCCGUCCUACCCCUCCUCGAAGUUCCAGUCACUUCCUCCUUCCUCCCCGAGCCUGCCCGCCAGACUGUCCAGCCCGAGAAUCAGUCCGCCCUUCACGACAUGUACACAAACUACUACGCCACCAAGGUCAACGCCGCGCUCAAAGUAACCCAAGGCACCACACACAUGGUAAUGCGCCCGCUCAAGUCUCUUCCCAGCAUGCGCCCCCAACCCGACUUCGUCUCUUCAUACCCCUCCGACUACGAGAAGACCAUCUACGGUGACGCCCGCGGGCGCGUCGUCGGGCUGGUGAAGUGCUAUGACCAGUGGAACACGGGCAUGCGUGGGGAGUCUCCACCAAAGCAGGUGCUCUACUUGCAGGGCCUCGCGCACCUGCACCGCGUGAUGCGCGAGCACGGCUGCCGCUAUGGGUUCAUCAUGACGGAGAUCGAGCUCUUGUGCGUGCGGGCCGGAGGUCACUCUACCACGAUCGACCCCACGACCGUCAACGCGCAGACGGGCGUCCCGAUCUUCGGGUACCUCGAGACUUCGGCACCGAUUCGCCUCUCCACCGCUGGGGUUAGCCAGGACGGCGAGAUUCAGAUGACAGCCCCUCUCGCGCUGUGGUAUCUCCACAUGCUGGCCAAGGAAAACCCCUUCGAAGGCAUGGGCACGUGGCGCAUGGACGUUGGUGGACCGGCGGCGUUGACGAGGCAGAACUGUCUUGAGAAGGAUGCGUGGGUGCCCAAGCCGCAGCUGGGGGAGAAGAGGGAGGCGAAGAGAGUGAGGGGGUGGGUCUUCCCCGAGGAGCCCUUGAGCAAGAGGGAGUGUGGGAGGGGGAAGAGGAAGGGUAAUAACUAA